GCCGUGUGGUUUAGCGAGGAGGGUUCGGUCUCAGAGCAGCCGAGGCGGGCGGUGCUUGCGCUUGACAGGAGGGAACCUCUCAGUCACUCUUUGCCCUCCGCCAAGCUCGUCUCGCCGCGUCUCCCGACCUGCCGAUUCCAUGUGAACUUAACGGCUAUUUUUGCCCUUCCAUUAAAAAAAUAAAAUAAAACCAGAAAAGAGAACACCACGGCUCUCCAUCUGUUUACAGCGGUGCGACGGGACGACCUCGACCAACAGAGUCGACAACAACAAGGCAGGCGGUUAGUGCAGAAGCAAGCACCAUGUCCACCCCCACAAACCCAGAGGUGAAGGAACUGAACCCUGUCGACUUUAUCCAGCUGCAACAGUACAUUGAAUACUGCAGCUUGAAGGUGAAAGACGUGCUGAGGGAAUUUGAUGCAGACGGCAGCCUUGCCCAGCACAGACACGGAGAGUGCAUCAAUGAAGAAGGAUUUCGACUGUUCCUGAAGACCUAUUUAGAAGGGGAAGACUUGCCUGCAGAUCUUUGCCAGCGGCUCUUCCGCUCCUUCCAGAAUUCCGAAUCCACUCAGGAACAAACAAACAAGGAGGUCUUUCUCAAGGAUGUUUCCUGUUACUUCUCCCUGCUGGAAGACGGCCAGCCCAGAGACAAGCUUGAAUUUGCUUUCAGGCUGUAUGACAGGGAUGGGAAUGGAGUUCUUGACAGCUCCGAAGUAGACCGGAUUAUUGCACAGAUGAUGCAUGCUGCGGAGUAUCUGGACUGGGAUGUGUCAGAGCUGAAGCCUGUUCUGAAGGACAUGAUGACAGCGAUUGAUGCUGACAGCAGCGGCACCGUGUCUCUGGAGGAGUGGGUCGAGGGAGGCAUGAACAAUGUUCCUUUGCUCGUCUUGCUCGGUCUGAAGAUGACCCAGAAGGAUGGGCAGCAUCUCUGGAGGAUGAAACGCUUCAACAAGCGUGUUAACUGCAACAAGUGCAGGAGCCCGCUGGGUUUGAGGAAGCAGGGUCUGUGCUGCACUUGUUGCAAAUACACAGUCCAUGGACGCUGCGCCAACUGUGACCCCGCUCCCUGCACCAGGACGUAUGUAAAGUCAAAGAAAGAAGCAGGGGUUGCAGCGCAUGACUGGGUGAGUGGGAACUGUGACUCUAAGAAGUGUGAUAGGUGCCAAAAGAAGAUCAAGAGCUUCCAAGGCAAACACUGUGUGUGGUGUCACACCAUGCGACAUGACGAAUGUGCAGAGCUGGAGCCAACAGAGUGCACCUGUGGGCUUUUAAAAGACCAUAUCCUGCCUCCAUGGGCCAUUUAUCCUGUUGUAAAGGAGAGACCAAACAACAUGAAGAAUGGAUCUUCAGGGUCGGCUGAUGACAGCGAGCUCAACAUCACACCUGAUGGACAAGUUCUUCAGAUCCUUCCCGUGCCAAACACCCAUCCUCUCCUAGUGUUCGUCAACCCUAAGAGUGGUGGCAAGCAGGGAGAAAGAGUCCUGAAUAAAUUCCAGUACUUACUAAAUCCACGGCAGGUAUACAACCUUUCAAAUGGAGGCCCUGGACCUGGGCUGAGUUUCUUUAAAGAUCUACAAGAAUACAGGAUCCUGGUGUGUGGUGGAGAUGGGACUGUUGGCUGGAUACUAGACGCAAUAGACAAGGCCAAGCUGCUUGUGCGGCCACCUGUCGCUGUGCUUCCUCUGGGAACAGGAAACGACCUGGCGCGAUGUCUGCGCUGGGGCGGAGGAUACGACGGCGAAGAUCUGAGUCGCAUCCUGAAGGAGAUCGAGGGAAGUUCCCUGGUGCCGAUGGACCGCUGGAGCGUGCAGGUCAUCACCGAUGAGAAUCAGGAGAAGGGGGACCCAGUACCAUAUGAAAUCAUCAACAACUACUUCUCCAUCGGAGUGGACGCCUCCAUCGCUCACCGGUUUCACACGAUGAGGGAGAAGCAUCCACAGAAGUUCAACAGCAGAAUGAAGAACAAGCUGUGGUAUUUUGAGUUUGCCACUUCGGAAACCAUCUCAGCUUCCUGCAAAAAACUGAAUGAAAGCUUAACGAUUGAGUGCUGUGGCACUCCUCUCGAUCUCAGCAGUGUCUCUCUAGAAGGAAUUGCUGUUCUUAACAUUCCCAGCAUGCACGGCGGCUCCAAUCUGUGGGGUGAGACCAAGAAAGGAGACGCUAAAGGACUGACAAGUCAGGAGGAACCUGAGGUUAUCAUUGACCCGGACAUCCUGAAAGUGACGUCCCAAGACCUUAGCGACCGUCGAUUAGAAGUUGUGGGCCUGAAAGGAGCCACGGAAAUGGGACAAAUAUACACGGGUCUGAAGAGCGCCGAGCGACUCGCCAAAACGUCACAGAUCACCAUCAAAACAAAGAAAGCAUUACCCAUGCAGAUAGAUGGAGAGCCAUGGAUGCAGCCUCCAUGCACGAUUCACAUCACUCACAAGAACCAAGCCUGCAUGCUGAUGGCUCCCCAGUCCAAAUCAUCCGGGUUUUUCAACUACAAAUAAAAGCAACUGACUUGAUGCAUGCUCUUCUCACUUAAGGAGGACUGACAUUGGUUUUAGAAACAAGAAAUCUGAAUGUCGUAGAGUUUAAUAACACAUAACCAAA